UUUGACCGUUCUAAUUCACUACAAUCCAAGUAAUGGGGUAGCCCUCAAGGGCUUUAGAUCAGAUUAUUGACAUUCGACUGUUAUAUCCCGUCAUGCAUGACCUUUAUUUCGCCAUAUAUGCCGUCCUUGCCGGUAACAGAGAAAUAAAAUUAUCGCAACAUACCAGUCAAAAUGAUAAUGACCCCGCAGAUCUAAAGGACGCAUACAUAGACUGAACGAACCCCUCCGUAAAAUCAUCAUGAUCUCUAGUUCGCUGUGCUUAAGAACUUCAACUUUAAUACUGCACAAUCCCCAUCAAGAACCAAGAACCGAUACAAAGUCUACAGGCAAUACAUCAUGGCUCCUUCCGCUACAGAAGCACAAUCAGCAGCAGUCCCCAUCCCUACCAAAGGCGACGACAACGUCAAGGCAAAUUUCGCUCCUCAAGAAAAGUGGCUAAAAAGCACCGGCGUCCUAGAUCAGUUUGAGUCUUUUGAUGUUACUCCUGUUAUUGGCCGCGAGUUUCCAAAUGUCAAUUUGGUAGAAUGGUUACAAGCUCCUAAUGCGGACGAGCUCCUACGUGAGCUUGCCCUCACCAGUAAGUUCUCAUAAAAUUUAAGGGUGUAGCAAGUGAGCGGAGACUGACAACAGCUUAGUAUCUCAGCGUGGUGUAGUAUUUUUCCGCGCACAAGACAAUCUCACUCCUGAUUUACAGAAAGAACUCGUCCAGCGCAUCGGACUCCUUUCAGGAAAACCAUCCACAUCGGGUCUUCACAUUCAUCCAUUGCUUAACCCUGAAAGAGAGGGAUAUCGUGUGACAGACCCAGAAAUUAGUACCAUCGACUCUGUUCUCAACAAGAAACUCUACAGCAACACAAAAUUUGACCGAGCCAAUGGCCUCUCAAAUUCGUCCAAAUGGCACGCAGACAUAUCUUUUGAGCCAAAGCCAGCGGACUAUUCCAGUUUGAAGCUAGAGAUACUCCCGAAAACAGGAGGCGACACAUUGUGGGCAAGUGGGUAUGAGAUUUAUGACCGCAUUUCAGAACCUUAUCAGAAAUUCCUCGAGACUCUGACAGUGACGUUCCAACAACCCGGCUUCAUUGAAGCUGCAGCGAAUGGUGGGUUUGAGUUGUACGAUAAGCCAAGAGGCGCUCCAGAAAAUGUGGGAAAGGAGUUGAAAGCCGUACAUCCAGUAGUGAGAACUAACCCAGUGACUGGAUGGAAAUCAGUUUUCCCAGUUGGAGGUCAUGUCAGCCACAUCAAUGACGUUACUCGAUGGGAGAGUCAAGCAUUGUUAGAAUGGUUUAAGCGGUUGUUGGUGGACAACCAUGAUUUGCAGGUACGGUUCAAGUGGAAGAACCAGAAUGAUCUUGGUAAGUUUUGCUGCAAUUGUUAGGUUAUUUGAGCUAACCUGAUAAAAAUAGCUAUCUGGGAUAAUCGUUCAACUUUCCAUACAGCUACGGAUGAUCUUGAAGGACAGGGUGAGAGAUAUGGUGUCAGAGCUGUAAGCGUUGGUGAAAAGCCCUUCUUCGAUCCUGAAAGCAAGUCUAGACGAGAUGCUUUGGGCAUUUAAUGUAAAUAGUUGCAAGAUACCACAUGAGUAUUGAAAUAAAAUGAUUGAUACAACUUAACAUAACUUGCAGUUCGACGGAUCCGGAAUGCAUGUUGCCCGUUUGUGGUUGCCUCUUGGUGUGCAUAAAUAUCGGUGAAUGAGUCAUUUGCCGUCUAGUCGCCUAUAUCCAUAGAAGCAUAUAAGAUCGAACUCAUAGCUCGAGACGAAUGCCAUAAUUGAAAUAUCACAACAACAAACAACGCAAUUGAUUAGACUGUUAUUAAAAAGAGAAAGAGAAGAGAUCAUGGCGCGGCGGAUAUUGACCAAAGCUUUGGAAUUCACGUGAUUUGAGGUGAGAUGUUUCUUCACCACAUCCACCUUCAAUUGGGACACUUACAGAAGAGUCAAAUUCGAUGGAAAUGGCUGCUCACUGUUUACUAUUGGCAGAAGACGGCGAGAGCCAAGCAUUGGUAGCACCUUAGUCCACACCACGGCAGAAAUUUUAUGUAUUCACCACGACUGUUUUUUCCUUGGAUGUUCCCAAAGUUGAAAUCGAUCGCUAAAUGAUCACGAAAGCCAGGGGGUAGAUGACAACAUAUUGGACCUCAAGUACCUAGGUAGGUACUGAUAACAAUUCCGUGUUUGUGGCCAAUGCCGGAACAUUGAAAUACUUCAAUCGAUAAACGGAUAAAAUAUGGAGUAACUUUGAUGGCGACAAGUGCGCUAGAGAUUCCCUCAUUGAUUUAGUGAUUAUGAAAUCAUUUUCCCGGGGGGUUAUUGACUACUAUGGAGCAAAUUCCUGCAUCUGGCCUCUCGUGGCGCUGGAUAAUUAUUCAACGUCUAGCGACAUGCCUUUACAGUGAAAAAUGUAUACUUUGGGCUUGAUUUAUGCGCCAUCUAAAAGCA